CCUUAUAAAGUCCUACGAGAAGCUAAACACCUGCAUGACCAGACUAAAGUGAGAAGUAGAGGCCAAGCAGUUUCUCCUUCUUCAUGUCUCAUGAAGAUUCUGUGAUUGCUCCUUUUUCAAUGAAUCACCAAAAUCAGCCCGCAGCAUGAAAGGCUGGAGCAGGAAAUUCACAAGGCAAGAGCCAGAGAGUGUGGUCGGGUCCUCCUCUAGCAAGAGGAACUCCAUUAGUGAUCCACCAGUGCCUGUGUGGGUUACUCACACACCCACACCAGAUAAUAUCAAGGAUGAUAGUGACACUUACUCCACAGGCCGCACAUCCAGCACUCCACCUUACGCAGAGAAGGAGGAUGAUGACAAAAAAGGGAGCAUGAAGGACAGGCUGAAAUCCCUCAUCCCACAUUCUUGGGGGGGCAUUGUCCAUAAAUGGUCAAGGAAAAGUGACAGUGUAAAUGACUCUGAAGCCAGUACCAGCAGGAUCCAGAUCCUUCCCAAUGGGACCAGGGUGAGCCCUCCUGUGAGUCCACUGGUGGAGCGCAGGAACUGGGAUGAAUCACUGGAUGACUCCAGCCAGAACUUUAAGCCUUUGUUAAGGGAGAGCCCCACUGAUGAUCUGUUUCAUCAGGGCCCACGAGAGGAAUCUCUGCUGACUAGCAUCCACCCUGCAGAGUACUACGCUGAGAAGUUGGAGGUCUACAACCAGAAGUACUCUUACUUGAAAUCGUGGCCUGGCCUGCUCAGACUUCUUGCUGGACUUGAGCUCCUAUUUGGGGGGAUGGUCAUUGCUUGUGUCAUUGCCUACGUCCAGAAAGAUAGUGAGUGGUCCAAUGCCUACGGCCUCUAUAAUGGUGUAUAUAACAAUGGGCAAGGUCUGUCUGGGUACAGCUACAGAGGUCCUAUGACUCCCUUCAUUCUGGCUGUAGCUGGAGUCUCCUGGAUCAUAACACUGAUUCUCUUGGUGAUGGGAAUGACUAUGUAUUAUCGUACCAUCCUCCUCGACUCCGCCUGGUGGCCUCUCACAGAGGCCUUCAUCAAUGUAGCGCUGUUCCUGUUCUACAUGGCAGCAGGAAUUGUGUACCUGAAUGACUUGAACCGCGGGGGGCUGUGCUACAUGACUAUAGGUAUCAACCCCAUCAUGGCCAAUCUCUGUCGAGUUGACGGGGGCCAGAUGGCGGGAACUGCUUUCAUCUUCAUCAACAUGGCAAUAUAUCUGGGAAGUUUCCUGGUAUGUCUGAAGAUGUGGAGGCAUGAGGCAGCACGCCGGGAGAGGGAAUACUUUGAAAACAAGCCUCAAGAAGAGCAUCAUCACUACAUCCCACUCGCCCCCCAAAGAACAAAACGCAUAUCAUUCAAGGAUGAAACAGAUAGGUCUCUGAGUAAAGAUCACAUUAAUCAGCAUGCACCAGUCUCUGAGGUCCAUAAGCAUCCAGUCAGUCUGAACAGAACCACAGCGCCUGAAUACAUCCCCAAAGUACACAUCAUCGCAGACUACAUCAUGAAGUAUCCGGAGAUCAGCUGCGUGGAAGAAAGGGAAAAGUACAAAGCUGUUUUCAAUGACCAGUAUCAGGAGUACAAGGACCUUCACAGAGACAUCAGCACCACCCUCAAUAAAUUCAGAGAGCUGGAUGAUAUGAUGGCUCGACUCCUCAAAGAUGGAAAAAGCCAGCAGGAUCGGCAGAGGAUUCAAAACAUUCUGAAGAAGUAUCAGCAGAAAAAGAGUGAGCCUGCAUUCCUAGAGAAAAAGGAACGCUGUGACUAUUUGAAAGCCAAAUUAAGCCACAUAAAAAACAGAAUCCGCACUUUUGACGAGGAAACCAUGGCAAAUGAGCAGACGAGUGUGAAUCCUCGGUACUAUGAUAGCCCCCCUGUGUACAGCCCGCCUUACAGCACCGCCUCCCACAGCUUCUAUCCCCCGAGGAGCGUCCACACUCCCCAGAGCCAAUAUGUUCCCCCCACCUACAAUCUCCCACCAGACUCCUACUACAUGGAGGGGAAACCUCAACACUUCUACCGCUGGUUUUCUCCCCCUGGUUUCGUCAAAACCUUCCAGGGAGCUACAGUGCUCAUGUGUUUCCUCAUCUUCGCCUUUGUGGCAUCAACCUUGGUGUGGGACAUGAAUGGAUUUGGGUAUGGGGGCUACGGUGUUGGGGCCACAGGGAGUGGUGUUUCAGGGACAGGGUCAGGAUACUAUGGAGGCAGUUAUGGCUACAGCGGCUCCUACAUGACACCACAUUCUGCCAAGUCGGCGAUGAUCUCCAUGGCGGCCAUCAACUUCCUGGUUUCACUGGGGUUCCUGGUGGGGAGUUUCUCACGAUCGGGGGUCAUGAGGGGAUGCAGGUUCUACCUCACUGUGUUCAUCAGUGAUAUCAUCUUAGCUGUCCUUCAGGGCAUCAUCGACAUCAUCUUCGUGAUCGGGGUGAACCCGAUGUCUCAGAGCUCACAGAGCAUGCUGUACAACCCCAUGCUGAUGAUGUGCCAGAACAUCCAGGGCAGCCCCAGCCUCAGUGGCAGCGUGGGGGCCGGUUUUCCCGGGGGGUUCCCCAUGUACAAUCAAUACCUGCACCACUACUGCUACAUGGACCCCGAGGAGGCGGUAGCAUUAGUGUUGGGUCUGAUGGUGGUAUUGUCCCUGUCCCUGUCUGCUUACUACGCCUACAAGACCCGCAGCAAGAUUUGGCGCCACGGCAAAGCUAACAUCUACUGGGAUGAGCCGCUGGUCAGGCAGUCGGAGGGGCAGGAUGUACAAGACUGGGUGAAUGAUGUUGGAGAAGUGCGCAGCACCCAGCAGGCACCGACUGUUGUUAUAUCAGAGAGAGCAGCUCCUGACCUCAGGGCGGAGAACAGUGUGGUCUCCUACGGCAACAGAGCAGUCAGUAUCCACAGAGAGGGAAAAUAUAACAGCAACAGUUUUCAUGCUGAAAAGAGUAAGUGUGCCGCUGAGCCUCUGUACCAGAACAGCGGGGUCCCAAUUUAUUCCAGCAGCUCCUCAGAUGAAGGUGACAACAUCAGGGAACCUUCUCAUCACGCUGAGAGGGACCGGAGGAAGGACAGAGAGCCUUGGCCUGCUGCUCAGGAGAUGGUGGAGUCCCAGUAUGAAACUGGUUACACCACCGGAGGAGACACUGGGAAUGAGCUGGACCGGAAAGACACAGAUUACCUCUUCAGGCUGUACCCAGAGAUAAUUUCAGACCAGCAGCGCCGGCGGUACAAGAGGGAGUUUGACUCUGACCUGGCCCGUUAUAAGAGUCUCUGUGCUGAGAUGGAUGACAUUAGUGACCAGAUGCACAUGCUGAACCGAGAGUUGGACACGUUGGACGAGGGCUCCAUGAAGUACCAGGGUGUGGCUGAUGAGUAUAACCGACUGAAAGACCUGAAAAAGACCCCAGACUAUCAAGCAAAGAAAAGACAGAGCAAAGAACUUCGGCAAAAACUUUUCCAUAUCAAACGUCUGGUGAAAAACUAUGACCAAGGUCUCUGUUAGUGUGUCUCAAUAAUCCCUUGAAACAGCUGAGGAUGAUCGCUUACAGUGUUUGACCUGGCUAAGGAAUCAAGUACUCACGCAGCAUUCGGCUGCUUCGUGUGGGCUCCUGUUUCAUUUUUUUCUACUUGGCUGUAAAACUGGUCAUAUCAAUACAACCCUCGUGCUGGCCUCACAGUCACUGAACCUCCACUCUGUUUUUGACCUUAAUGUUUACAACUCUUGUAUUACUUUUGCAGCUGUCAGAAUAGAUUACCAUCAGGGCUACUGACAGACUUUGCUCUGUGUGGUUGUGAUAUAAACUGCUUGACAAAUGGCACUGAACAUUGUGUGAAAAUUUCGCCUUUUACUUCACAUUGUCAU